AUGGCUACAGCUUCACCGCCAUUUGCGUCCACGAAAGAGACGACUAACUAUGCUAGGCUGUGCCGUCUUCUGGUGGAUGUGGGAUCUGAGGCACUGAGGUUCACAUUUGACAAUAUACAUCCACCAGCGACUCUGCACACGGUUUUGUCAAGUACCUCUCCACAUUACUCUACACUGCAAUCACUUUACACCGGCAGUAAGAAAGUGCUGAGUCCCACACAAUGGGGAAACCUGUUUCCUGCUCAUUCAGCUGCAUCAUCAAAAGCGUUCGACGUCACACUUUUAACAGUGCUGCUCAGAAAUAUUUGUGGUUUAAGCCCCCCCGCCCUUGGCUGGGAUAACCUUCCCCCAGCGAAAAGCAUAAGCAUCGCCGAUGACAUCGCUAGGGUGAAGUAUUACAGGAACACUUUAUACGGCCAUGCCACUAAAGCGUCUGUUGACGAUGCAAGUUUUACCACUUACUGGCUGGAAAUUCGAGAAGCCCUGGUAAGACUGGGAGGAGCUAAAUUUAAAGCUGAUAUAGAUAAUCUUGAGAUCGAAAGUAUGGAUCCUAAUAAUGAGGAACAUUAUCGUGAGCUCAUGAGGCAGUGGAAGGUAAAUGAUGAUAACAUCAAGGAGAAACUAGAUGAAAUUGAAGGUAAGAAGAUAAAUGAAUGCUUUGAUAAGACGAAACAAGUUUUAAAACAACGAGUAUGUUCAAGUAACCCGCAAAGCUUUGUAUUCGUAGAAUGCAGUGAACCAAGUAAUCGUAUGCCCUGUAACGAAAAGUGCGUUUCGAAUCUUUUGAAAGCAAUGUGUUCGUCGCGUAAGAAGUCGCUCUAAGAAAGAUAUAAGUAUCAUACGUAACUUUGGUGACCAAAUUAGGUCAUGAUAGAUUUGUAAAUUAUACAUUGAAGCCACAGACGGCUCAAAUAAGGCGACACCUGAUUAUAUUACCACUCCGUUAUUUUUUUUCAUGACAACCACUUAAGGGCGAGUGUACCUCUCUCAUACUACUUCAUACUUGAUUUUUGUACGUGGGAAUUAAAAUUCAUUAUACCAUGCCAACGAGGCGUAAUGAGGACUUGGAAACUGUAUAGGGCAGCUAAUUCAAUGCUUUUAGGUUAUCAUCAAGGAAGAAAUGAUGAUACAAGUAUGGACUACGCAUGCAAUGUAGCUCUAUUGUAAUAGCAAUCCUGGUCGAUAUGGCAAAUGGUACGCCAUGAUCGACUUGAUGCGUUUUUCACCUGCUUUAUAUGCAUGAUGUACUAUGUCCUUUUGAUACCCUACUGGAUAUUGAAUCAAAGGUUACAAAUGAAUUUUCAGAGACCAUCAAAACUUCACUAGAACAGAUAAAAAGUGAAAUGGAGAAUAACCUAAGAUGCACACUUAAGAAGUUGGAAGGCGAAGUAAAAGAAGUGAAGGAACAGCUGGGUACCUUGACGGCGUCAAAGAUAGAAAGCAAGGAAGAAGGUCAGUCUACAGUCGUGCAUAAAGAGAAAAACGUUUAUAGUAAUACACGGAAAAUCCACGCUUUUAAUGAAAAUUGGUCGACAAUCAUAGCUGUUUGUAAACGAGUCAUCAAUUCCUGCGGUCCACUCUUUAAUAUGAUAUACUCUUUUAACAAAAUAUACUCUAACAUUUCAUUUCAAACCAAUGAUCAAUCUGGAACUUUCAAAUGCGCUCGCUCUCGAUGCAAAACUUGUCCUUUUAUUCAUAUCGUAGAGAAAGUAUCGGAACCCAAGAGAUCCAUUAAGAUCCCUUUACGUGUACCUCCGCCAAUGUCAUUUACUGGAUAACUUGCACUUAUUGCCAUAAGUUAUACAAUGGUGAAACAGGAAGACGAUUAAGUGACCGAUUCCGAGAACACCUUCGCGAGACAGAAAGAAAUGACAAGGACGCAUCCAAACCAGUCGCUAGACACUUUAAUCUCCCUAUCCUUCUAAACAACGUACGGUAGUUUGCGGCCUUUCCUUACAUUUAGGCAGUUCGGGAAGCCAGAAAACACUAGAACAGAAAUUUGUCUUCGAAAUCGGCACUCUUAAUCCCCACGGUAUGAACGAGCGCUUUUCAUUCAACUAAUUUCUUCUUGUUUUCUCGUCACCAUAUUUCCACCGAUAGCGUAGCUCCAUUUUCUGCAUACAAACCCACACACAACCCACAAUUACGUUUUUAACUAAGUUGUUUACACUAAAUUGCUUAUUUCUUUUUAGCUGAGUUAAUCUGGGCUUUAUUGUGAUGUGAAUCACUGGUUCAGGUGGUUCUCUAAAUUUAUUAGGAUAAUUUCUUGCGAAGGAAACUGCUUUAUUGUCAUUGUAGAAUAUGAAAUAGAAGCUUAAUUCUGAUCUUUUUCUCAAAUGAACUUAAAUCAGAAUUUUUAUUACAUUUAGAGAUAUGUUCUUGCACGUCCAGUGUUCAGGUCCAUAGCUAUUUUAUAACUCAGUGCUAUUUCCAAACUCUUUUUCAGGUAUUUUUGAUCCAGAUGAUAUCAUCGAUGUGAUUAAACAAUUGUACAAAACCCGUGAGGGAUGGUUGGCACCGUUUCCAUGGUGUGAGGACUUCCAGUUUCGUCUUGGAGAAAUCUUUAUCAGGCUCAAGGUGGUGAGAAGGAAGAAAACAAGAGGAACAGUCACUGAAAAGGGUAUCAAAGUAUCUUCUCUCUUUGACCCGCACGAAGAGUGCUCAAAGCCAAGAACAGUGUUAAUUGAAGGAGAGCCAGGAGUGGGAAAAACCACCUACUGCAAAUACUUUGUUUACAAAUGGGCCUCAAGGAAGCAAAAGCCUGAAGAAUUCUUGUCAAGAUAUAAAGCUGUUUUACUGCUGAAAUGUCGUGACAUUAAGUCUGAUCUUUGGAAUGCUAUUGAUGAACAACUUCUUACACGCGACAUUCAAGAAGGAGUCAGGAAGGAAUUCUUUCAGUUCAUCCGUGACAAUCAGUCCCACAUUUUGUUAUUAUUGGAUGGAUUAGACGAGUUACCCUCCAGUAAGCUGCCAAUUUUUUCAGAAAUACUUGAGGGCAGAGUGCUCCCGAAAUGUCACAUUGUUGCAACAGCAAGGCAAGAAGUGGGGAUCAAAGUAAGAAAAUCUUGCGACACCCUGCUUGAGAUCGAAGGAUUUACGAAGAAGCACACUCGAAAAUUCAUCGUCAAGUACUUCAAAACAAGAGCAGAUUUGGCUGAAAAGCUGUGGAAGAGGAUGUUGCAUGAUGACCACCUUAAGGAAAUGGCGGCCAACCCUUUAAAUACUGCACUUCUUUGCCUUUUGUGUGAGGAGUUUGAAGGGAUUCUAUCAGAAAAAAGGGCUGACCUGUACCUUGAAAUCAUUCAAUGUGUCUUAAGAAGAUACAGGAAAAGGAAAGGACUCUCAGAAACUGAAGAUGACCUUAAAGACGUGUACAAAUCGCAACUGAAACGUCUUGGCUCCAUUGCCCUAAAUGGUUUGCGUGACGACAACUUGAACGUUGAGGAAAGCAAACUGCGAGAUGAUGGUAGUGACUUACCCGAGCUUGGAUUUCUGUCUGUUCAGCCCAGCGGCAGUAAGCUGAGACCUGGUCUUCAUUAUGCCUUUUUACACAAAAGUUUUCAACAGUGCUUUGCAGCGUUCUACAUUUGCUGUCAAAUUCAAGAUCAGGAAAUUACAUGCGAUGAGUUAGUUUCUGACUCAAAAUACCUCAAUGAGCUAAAAGAGGUGCUCUUCUUCGCAUGCAGCAUUCUAGCCGUGCAAUGCCCUGAACAAGCGAUGGCUCUUGUCACGAGUCUAAUAGGCCAAGUAGACAAGUAUGGAGACAAUGGUGUGUACGUUGUGUUGGAAGCAAUCAAAGAAAGCACAAGAGAGCAGAGUGAUGCUCAUCUAGAGUUGGCUCGUUGUUUUGGUCGUGGCUUCCAACUACAAAGCAUCGAUAUCAAAUCCGGGCGUGCUCUAGGAAAAGCAAUUACUACUUCCCUGGCAGAGGCAGUAAAAGUCAACAUGACCUUGACAACAUUGAAGCUGAAUUUCAAUGACAUGGGUGAUAAUGGUGCUAUCUCUCUUGCCAGUGGAAUUAAAGUUAACAGAACUCUGACUGUCCUAGAGUUAAUGAACAAUAGCAUCGGCGAUGCUGGUGUUACCUCAAUCGCUGAGGCAAUUAAAAUCAACAAAUCUCUGACAGAUCUGAAAGUGGGUUUCAAUGACAUUGGUGAUAUUGGUGCGGCUUCCAUCGCCGAGGCAAUAAGAGUCAACUCAUCUCUAACUCUUUUGGAGUUGUAUUGCAAUCGGAUCGGUGAUGCCGGUGUCAUUUGCAUUGCUGACGCAAUUAAAGUCAACAAAGCUUUGACUGAUUUGCAGUUGUCAAACAAUGACAUCGGUGAUGCUGGUGCUGCUUCCAUUGCUGAGGCAAUAAAAGUCAACAAAACUUUGACUUCUUUGGAACUGAAUUGUAAUGACAUCGGUAAUGCUGGUGCCACCUCUAUUGCUGAAGCAGUGAAAUUCAACCAAGCACUGACCGUUUUAGAGUUGUCUAGCAAUGAUAUUGGUGAUGCUGGUGCUACAUCCAUAGCAGAAACAGUUAAAUUCAACAAAACUUUGAGCGUUUUGGUGUUGUCCAACUGUGGCAUUUGUGACACUGGAGCUAUUCUUAUUGCUGAGGCAAUGAAAGUCAACAAAACUCUGACCGUUUUAGAGAUGUCGAACAAUGAUAUUGGUGAUGUUGGUGUUGCUGCUAUUGCUGAGGCGAUUGAAAUCAACCAAGCACUUAAAGAACUGGGGUUAUGGAAGAACAGCUUUGGCUACACUGGUGUCACUUCUAUUGCUGAAGCAAUUAAAGUCAACAACACCCUAGUGGCCCUGGAGCUGUCGUCGAGUGGUAUCGGCGAUGCUGAUGCUACUUCCAUUGCUGAGGCCAUUAAGGUCAACAAAACUUUGAUUGAUUUGGAAUUGUCAAAUAAUGCCAUUGGUGAUGCUGGCGCUACUUCUAUUGCUGAGGCAAUUAAGGUUAAUGAAGCCCUAACAGAAUUGAAAAUGAGCUUCAACAACAUUGCUGACACAGGCGCAACUUCACUUGCUGAGUCUAUUAAAGUGAACAAAACUUUGACUGUUUUAAAGUUAUCAAACAAUCGCAUCGGGGAUGCUGGUGUAGAGUCAUUUGCAGAAGCUAUUAAAGUCAACAAAACUCUAGAGUAUUUGAACCUAAUGGAAAACCACUUUGGUGAUGCUGGUACAACAUUCAUCGUUGAGGCAAUGAAAGUCAAUAAAGUACUGGCCACCAUUUCUUUUUAG